GAUUACCGUAAACGUUAGUAGAUUCGCGCACUAGAAAGAAACGUGCGGCUGAUUUGACCAGGCAAACGUGAACCACGGCUGGCUUGACCGCAGUACCUUAUCGGGAUAUCGCGUCAUACAAGCGACCAUGUUCUCGCUGUGGAGAAACCUGAACAGAACCCGCGCUGUGUCAGCGGACUUUUCCUCACUGCGGACUUCUCGCAGCGACGCUUUAUGCGUAAAAAACACCAGGACGUACUCAGGGAAACGCUACAAUGUUCCACCCAGCGCCGAGUUUGUUGCACGCGUGUCGGGGAUCCCCACCAUGGCCAAACUGCCUUUCCAGGAGACGGCGGAGGGGCUUGACGCUGCGUUUGUCGGCGUACCCAUCGACACCGGGACUUCGAACCGACCCGGAGCGAGGUUUGGUCCCCGUCAAAUCAGAGUUGAGUCUGCCAUGCUGAGGUCGUACAACAGUGGCACCAGGGCGGCGCCGUACGAGUCCCUCAUGGUAGCUGAUAUCGGGGACGUCAAUGUGAAUGUGUAUGACCUGAAGGACACCUGCAAACGCAUCAGGGAGGCCUACAGGAAGAUCCUCGCGACGGGCUGUAUCCCUCUGACUAUGGGUGGUGACCACACAAUUGCAUAUCCAAUCCUGCAAGCCAUUGCUGAAAAGCAUGGACCAGUGGGCCUGGUCCACGUCGAUGCUCAUGCUGAUACCAGUGAUGUGGUCUUGGGGGAGAAGAUUGGACAUGGGACUCCUUUCAGACGCUGUGUGGAGGAAGGGCUUUUGGACUGCAAGAGAGUGGUCCAGAUCGGCCUGCGGGGUACAGGCUACUCUGCAGAUUCAUACGAAUGGAGCCGAGCCCAGGGUUUCCGUGUGGUCCAAGCAGAAGAGUGUUGGUUCAAAUCUCUGGCGCCUCUGAUGGCUGAGGUCAGAGGUCAGAUGGGCAGUGGUCCAGUGUACCUCAGCUUCGACAUUGACGCUCUUGACCCGGGGUUUGCUCCGGGAACAGGCACACCAGAGAUAGCAGGGCUUACUCCCAUCCAGGGAGUUGAGAUUAUCCGAGGCUGUCGUGGUCUGAGUCUUGUUGGGUGUGACCUGGUGGAGGUGUCUCCACCGUAUGACACCACAGGGAACACUGCAUUGACCGGUGCCAACCUCCUCUUUGAAAUGUUAUGUGUGCUCCCAAAUGUUAAAUAUCACUGAUCUGAAUAGACCACACAUCACAGAACGAUAAUAAUCACCGAAACCUUAUUUCCAAAUGCUGUACUGCUGAAUAAAGGCCUGUACAUACUAUUUUCUCUCACAGGGCUGCGAGAAAAGAAUGACGUCAUUAUUUUUUGCACAACUUGUUUGGGAGUUCUUGCAGCUUGUUCAUCAUCUGGGCAGAAGUUCUUGUCUGGUAUUGUGUGAUUGGCCAGAAAUCUGAAGUGGUGAAGGCAGAAAUGUUGUCAUUCCCCAUGAGAACUUCCCAGUUCAAAUUCUGUAUUCAUAAAAUAAAUAUUGCACAAAUAUACAGUGA